AGCGAAAUGACAGCAGAGACGGUUUACCAGCCACAGCGACAGGACCAACUUAGUCACUACAGUUUUGUGAACACAAAGUUGAAGGUUUCCUGGCAGUCAGAAAGACAAUAAUAUCGCUCAGCGACGCUAUCUGACUUGUGGGUGUCCGGUUUCCUCAGUCUGAGGGAUUGCGAUGCCCUCUGACUUUAUCUCCCUUUUCAGCGGGGACCUCGAUCUGAAUUCUCCCAGAUCCUUGUACUGUAAAGAAUCAGCUUAUGAACUUCUUCCAGAGGAACUACAGUUGCCUUUCUUCACUCAGCAGAGCCCAAAAGUCAUGAGUCAAAAGAGUGGAGGAGAGGCAGGGCCUCCCCCUUCAGCUGCCGUCGCAUCAGAUGCCAUGUCCUCCUCUAUGACCAUGGAAGGCCCCCGCAGUGCUUUUCCCACCUCUUCCAGCCCCACCAUGCAUUCCAGCGCUUCGGCCACUGACCAGAAACCAGUGCACGGCGGCAAUGUUGACCCGGAGGACUGCAGGAGUAGCAGAGUGGUUCCAGAGGUUGUUGGAGCAGAAGGUGGGAAUGGCAACAGCAGCAAUGGUGGUAGCUGCAGAGGCAGCAGUGAGCAAGGAGGAGGAAGAGGAGUAGCAUCCCAGGAGGCACAGCUACAUCACCAGAUGACCCCAUCGAAGCGCCGCACCGUACUGAACAUCUCGCCCCCUCCACAAGACCUGUUUGAUACCAGCCAGAUGUCCUGCCAGGAUGAAACCUCUCUGGACUCAGAGCAGAGUAACAGCAUUUGGAUGGAGGACUCUCUAUCCAACUUCAGCAUCAUGAGCACUGUCUCCUACAAUGACAACACAGAGGUGCCAAGGAAGUCCCGCAAACGUACCCCUCGGCAGAGGCCUGGUCCCAAGUCUCUGCCAGCAGGGGAAGCCAGCAUGGACGUGUUUGAUGCAGACAGUGCCAAAGGUCCACACUUUGUCCUGUCACAGCUUGGCCCUGACAACAAGACUGGAUCCAAAGGAAGCUCUGAUGAUCCUCAGACAACUCACCACAAAGGAGGCGCGCUUUCGAUGCAAUUCCCACAGAAGAGUGAGGGGAAGGAGCUGAAGAUCAUUGUGCAGCCGGAGACUCAGCACCGAGCUCGCUAUCUGACCGAAGGCAGCAGAGGGUCAGUGAAGGACCGCACUCAGCAGGGCUUCCCUACUAUUAAGUUGGAGGGAGUGAAUGAGCCAGUGGUUUUGCAGGUGUUUGUGGGUAAUGACACCGGGCGCGUUAAGCCUCAUGGUUUUUACCAAGCCUGCAGGGUGACGGGCCGCAACACUACAGCCUGCAAAGAGGUGGACAUUGAGGGCACGACUGUCAUCGAGGUGUCCCUGGAUCCAAGCACCAACAUGAAACUUGCGGUGGACUGUGUUGGGAUCUUGAAGCUCCGUAAUGCUGAUGUGGAGGCUCGCAUUGGUGUUGCGGGAUCAAAGAAAAAGAGCACACGUGCACGGCUGGUGUUUAGGGUCAACAUCCCCCGAGCAGAUGGAUCAGUGCUCACUCUGCAGACUCCUUCUUCUCCAAUCCUGUGUACUCAGCCAGCAGGAGUGCCUGAAAUCCUGAAGAAGUCACUACACACUUGUUCAGUGAGGGGUGGAGAAGAGGUCUUUAUCAUCGGCAAAAACUUCCUGAAAGACACCAAAGUCAUAUUUCAGGAGAAUAUCUCUGACGAGAAAUCCUGGAAGGCUGAGGCUGAAAUCGACAUGGAGUUGUUUCACCAGAAUCAUCUGAUAGUGAAGGUUCCUCCGUACCAAAACCAAGCCAUCACCUCCCCUGUGUGUGUGGCAAUCUAUGUGGUGACGAAUGCAGGGAGAUCCCAUGAUGUUCAGCCGUUCACCUACACUCCAGAUUUAGCAAUAAAUGAUGUUGCUGUGAAGAAAGAGGCGCCUUCUCCAGUGAAGACUUGUUCAUUUGAUGAAGUUGUAGAUGGCGCCUUGAUGCCUUCAAUGUUGCCUUUAGUGAAGCGAGAAGAUGUCACUCCGAUGGAGGUCACCAGCAACCUCCAAUCUUCUGGUGUAUUUAAGCAGACAGGCGACCUGUGUCCAGCCCAGCAGAACCCAGACAUGACUGCAGGACAUCUAAAUAAAUACUCCAACAACCUGUCUCAGCCCGCAGGCGAACCUGACAAAGGCCAGGCUCCUGUUUUUCCCAACACAGAGCCCUUAGGCACGAUCCAGAAGCAGGACAUUGCACCCACCAGCGCUUUCUCUGUGCCCACCGACUCUCUGCUGCAGCAGGGAUCACAGCAGUUCCUCCUGGAGCCCAGAGAAGGCCUCGGGCAGGAGAGGCCUGGUAAUGGCUCUGGAGCUGUGGGGAGGCUGUGUGGAGAGCCUGCGCCUCAACAGCAGCAACUUCCAAUGUUCCCUCCAGACGAAGUAGCCCAGCUGGAGGAGGCAGUGAGACAACUUAAAGCCAAAGGCUUCUGUAACCUACCACUUCAGUCUGACAACUCAAUGUCCAAACAGCAGCAACAACACAUCCAGCACCAACAACAGAUCCAAAAACAGCAAAUUCAGCAGCAACAACAACAACAACAACAACAACAAAUCCAGCAACAACACCUUCAACAGCAGCAGCAGCAGCAGCAGCAGCAGCAGGUUUUGGAGAAUCUACAACAGCAGCUGUUUCAGUCACAGAUUCAGAUGCAGUGCGGCAUGUUUCAGGAGGCCCCCCAGGCCAAGAACGCAGAGCAGCAGGGCCCAUCACAAGGAGUGGUGACAAACCAGGGGACUCUUUUCCAGCAGGCCCAACAGCAGCAGCAGCAACAGCAGCAACAAGCAGCUCUCUUUCAGCAGGCGAGUGACCUGCUCUCUAUUCAGACCAACUUCCUCCAGCAGACACCCUCGCACCCUUCCCCACCCAUGUUUCACAAUCCUAGUUCUUUGGCAGAAUCCCAAGAUCCUCAGGGGGGCUUGUUUCAGAAAGCCUCUCAGGAGCAGGUCCAGGCCGCUCUUUUUCAAAACACCAUGACAGUACUACAGUCUCCAGACCAGCAGCCCUCAACCCCGGGACUUUUCCUCCCUCAGACAUCUCUGCCCUCUCAGCUUGCAACAAGUAGUGCUCAGCAGCAGCAGCAGCAGCAACAACAACAACAACAACAACAACAACAACAACAACAGCAGCAGCAGCAGCUGGCCUUCCUUAGUGCUCUACAAACGCCUGCCCCUGAACCACAAUCAGUAUUUCAGGCUCAGACCCAGCUUCCCCCUAUCCAACAGAGAAGCCCCAUGGAGCAGCCCUCCCAGCCUCAGCCACACACACAGCCAGCCCAACAGGCCUCGCUGUUUCAGAACAUCACUCAACAUCCAUCUGCAAACACACUCUCUCCAGGUCAGCAGCAGCAGCAGCAGGCUGGCCUACUGUUCUGCAACAACCCCCUGUCCGCUCCAGAUCAGGCAUCCAGCCUCCUGUUCGGCGGCCAGGGCCAGAUGCCACCGCUGACUAGCAGCAGUCUCGUUUCCCAAGAGCCCCAGAAUCCCUCAAUGCUCUUUUCCCAAGCCAGCAUGGCGACAGUUAACCAGCAGGAUCGCUCUGAGCCCAUGGCCCUUGGGAACCCCACCGAUCGACGACAGCAAGUCAUGUUUCAGGAGCAACAACCGAUGCAGCUGGGCAACAGCUCAAACAGCCGGCAGGAGCAGCCUGUGGGCCUCUUCAUGCCUCAGUCCAGCAUGGCCUCUCUGCAGGGGGGACUGGCCGCUCAGGAGCUUGCACAGUCAGCCAUGUUUGCCUCACAGAACGGGGUGGCUAACCUCCAGACGACCACCUCCUCGCCUGUUCAACAGCCCGGGACGCUAUUUCAGACCGCUGUCGGCGGGAGCAUCAAUCAGCCCAGCCAGCCGCAGCAGCCUAACCUCUUUUUGUUCGGGAUUCAGAAUGAAUGUGGCCAGCUGAUGAACACUCCUGGGAACACGCUGUCGGAUCAGAUCAUCGCCAUCAGCCAGUCGGGUCAGAACCAGAGAGAGAGCGACGCCCACAUCCAGUCGCUGCUCUGCCAGUCUCUGUCUCAGACCAGGCCGGUGCAGAACAGCAUGAAUUCCCCUCAGAACAUGGAGAAGAUCGAUGACAUGCUGGUCAGCCUGCAGGAGUCGGGCAGCAGCUUAACUCGUUCCUACUGACUUUCAUACAGGAUCUGUCUUUAAUUUUAAUAAUUGGGCUUUUUUUUUUUUAUGUAGACAAACUGGUCAAAAUACUGUCUGUUGAUAAGCACAUGCAGUAAAUGAUUUGUGAAUUGACCCUGCAUUACGAAGUUGAAGACAAACAGAACAUUUUGUUCAUAUAUCUCAUUACUAAAUAUCCUCUAACACUGAUUUAUUAAGAGCAGUAAAGGUGCUGCUGGCCUUUCUGAGCCAGUCUCCCCCCCCAAAAAAGCCCUAAAGAUUCAUUUCUAAAGUGGCAUGAAUGAUAUCUGUUAACUCAUCAUUAAGGAAAAACUGGACAUAUAAACUGUGAAUUUGGUUUGUAAUUUCUUGAAAAGUGAAUGUCUCUUCUUGACUUUAUGAUUGACUGACUCCCCUUUUGUAACAGACUUGAGCAAAAUUGGAACAUGCAAGGACAGUCAAAUUGUCGUAUUGUUCCUUGUGAAGAGACACAUUGAAGUGGUCUUGUUAUCAUAUAUCUUGUGAAGUUUUGUGUGUAUCUGUAGUUUGUCAGUGAUUUUAUCUGCUGAGUCUUUCUGUUCUCUAGGUGUUUUUCUAAAGUGUUCUCCAAAGUGUUAAGUGGUUCCCAUGAAUAGUGUUCCCUUGGAUACUCAUUUUUUUAUUGUUGUUACUUGGAAGCUGGAGUGUGCAGUAAAGCAAGAAGGUUUUGACAGAGUAUGUAGGGAUGAAUAGAUCAACUUUGUGAAAGGUACUCGCUGUUUCUGGUGGUUUAGAUUGUUUUCACCCAACACCACAGCAAGUGUAUUGAGGGAAGGUUAGAGAUGAGGUAGAUUAUUAAGAGGUAAUGGAAAAGUAGAAAAGUGUUCUACACAGGUCUGAUGUGUAGUCACAAUCGUGUCUUUUAUGUUGUUGCUGAUUCAUUUUAAUUUUGUAGCAGCUAUCGUGCACCUGAAUAUAUAAAUAUACUGUUUCUAGUACUCCAAAAAGGGACUUUAGAUUUCAUGAAUCAGAUGAGUUAGAAAGAAACAGUGUGCAGUAGGAGUUUAACUACAGUGAUGGUGCAUGUUGUUGAUAUUUACAAUAGGCCUGGCUAAACUAGAUCUUGUCUUCUUGAUGUGUGGAUCAUAGUAUAUGUGUAGUUUAGCAUACAGCUGACGUUGAGGCGGUGCAGUAAAGGCGGUCACCUCCAGGUUGAAAAGAAUAUCUUUCUAUAUGAGCUACUUUACCAUCUCUAGCACAGUGUACAGAUAGCACUUUGUGAUAUAGUAAGCAAACAUGUUGAGGCUAACAUUUAGUCUGCAUUCAUCAAACCAAACUGUGUCAGUUUGAUACUUUUAACAACAGACUCCUUUUAAUUCACAACAAAGAGAGGAAUCUUUUAAGAAAGAGUGGUGGUUAAAGAUAAAACAAAUAUUGGCUGAUUUUCUUUUUUUUGUACUUGUAAAUUCAGCACUUUAGCAUGCUGUUCUUUGUGACCACUUUACUCAUCGAGUGUACAGUACAGUCCCACAAGAGGUGGUGUGGGUUCGGUCAGCCGCCUCUUCCUCAUUGUUUACAGUGGGGAACAUACUUAUUUUUUAAUUGCUGUUACAACUUCUAACUACUCAAUCCCAAAACCUAAUGCAUUAUUUAUUCAUAAAAACAGAAUUAGAAAUCUGGACAAAUCAGGAAAAAUGUGCUCGAGACAUUUUUUCCCAAUAAUCUAAUUUCAGGUGAAAAACAACUCUUAGUCAAAUACAACUACAGUGGAGAGCGAGUAGGAUGUAAUAUCGUGUAUUGUUAUUGUGUGUUUUAGUGUCAUUUUAAUGGCCUCAUUCUGCGUCAGGCACGCAUUACUGGAAUAGUAUUCCUAAACCAGCUAGACAGGAGCAUUUUUUAAACAGUUUUUAACAAUGUGACUGUUGAGGGGAAGCAACAGUUUGUUGGCUACAUCUGUAGAUUGUACAUCUCAUCCAGGUUAAGGUAUUAACGUGCAGUAACAGAGCCGAUUUUACAUGUUCUCUUGUAAAUGUAGUCGCCUGCAGUUGGCCAGCGGCUUCAGGACCAAAGUUUAACUAACAUUUUGCUUGGCAUUAAUCCUGAUGACAGGCCGGUUUUAUGUCUCAUGAGCUUUUUUUCUUAAGAAAAACAUGAACAUAGCAGAUCAUUAUAAGGCCUGAUUUCCUACUGCCACACUUGUAUUUCUGUUUGUGUGUUUGUUGUCUUUGUCUCAUGAAUAGUUUCACUGUUUGCGUGAACAAGGGGCUGGUCUCUGAUGAUGACAGAAUUAGCUCAGUUUUAUGCUUGUCUUGUUUUUAUGUGUACAGUUUGUUAGAAACACAUUAUCACCGUUACAUUUUAUACACCUAAGAGUCAGAAACAGCUGUUUUAUGAUGGGUAUUAUGUAAAAUUGACUAAUGUGAUUUGAGGGUUUGAGCGGUGUGAGUGUUUUUUUAAAGGGACCCUACUCCUGAAGGAAACCUAACUUUGGAGAAAAGAGCUAUCUGCGAUUGGCUUUCUUCAACUCGUGAAAUAGAGAAACUAAAAUGUCCAGUGUUGAGUAUUUAUGACCUUAUUUGUUUUUGUUUUACAAAGUUUAGAUCUUCUUUUUUAAAUCUGUGUAGUACCCGUGCUUCUCUUCGGAGAAGCAUUUCUAAUUUAUUUGUGUGUUGUUCAUUAUCUAUUUUUUUCCCUCUUGCGAUUGUGUUCAGAUAGUUUAUAACUGAAUUAAUGACAGCAAUGUGAUUAGAACCCCCCAUCCCACACACCUUCUGAUACUGUAGCUGGCACCUUUUGAUGAUGGUGGUAAUGUCUUUAAAGAAGAAAAAAUGUAUAUUCCUGUGCACAGUUACUCCUUUGACUUUUAUAAUUAUAUACACUUUAUUAUACAUAUCAUGUGCUUGUCAUUGACUACAGUUAGACCACUGGCCCUGUUGUCUUUUUUGACCAAAUAGUGAAACAGUUUUCAUGUCAAAAUCAGAGAUUCUCCAAACAGGACCAACACAUUUCAGUAUUUUACUACAAAUAUGUGAAUGUGAUUAUACAGCAAGGCUGCAAAUGUUUCACUUUUAUCCAAAAUGUUCUUUUAUACACAUAUUGUGGAUGUAAUUACUUUUUGGAAAUUACAGUUUCCUCAUUUGCGUAUCUUUACAUAAAAUAUUACUAACUGUAUGGGAUGUUGUGGCGUUCUCAUAUUUCCGUAAAACGCUACUAACUUUCUCUGUUUGUUGCAAAAGAAUAGCUGGUUUCUCUUAACAUUACCCCUUAAUUUAAACAGGUGGUAAAACUAUAUUGAUUCAAUGUCAUUUUAGACACCAGAAGAUAUUGAACAUGUGCCUUGAGGAGAUGUUGUCGUUUGGACCAUAUACCUGUUAAAUACCCCACUGGUUUCUCAAGAUGAUGAAUAGUCCUAAUUUUUAGAAUGUUUUAAGCCAUAAGUCUUUAAAUGUACUUUAAUUGCUCCACAAUAGUGGCUAGAUAAAUGUGGUUGUGUUUGAUAGACGUGUUGUGCAAUUUCUGUUCUGUUUCUAUUCUGUUCUGUAUGCAUCCAAUUUGUUCGUACUGAAGUAUCCAUUGCAUUUAUGUUAUAAAACGUAGAUGCAGACAAAUUUUCCCUGAAACUGCUAUGCAGCUAAUAUACUGUAAAUGUAGAACUGUUAGUUAUUGAAUAUAUAUUUUUCUAAUUAGCAUCUCCUGUUUAAGCAUAAAGGGGAAACCAAAGUAGAUGUUCUUUCUAUUAUUUAUGUUGCUUGUUGAAAUAUUUUCUGAUGCCUUGAGUGCUGCCUGAUACCCUUUUAAAGUCAGUUAAAAUGCAAAUGUCUCUUCUCAACAACCAUCUCUGACUGAAACAAGGGUCAUUAAUUGUUUUUCAUAGUUUAUUGCCUUCUUGCUUUUUGGGUUUAUGUGGAUCUAGGCUUACUGUUUACUUGUACAGUGGUUCCUAAUCUGUCUGGUUUCUCUUUGGUCUCUGAGUGGAUUUCAUGUGGUUCUCAAAGUCAAAGUCAACUAACAUUAAAAAGCAUUUGUCCUGUAAUUUAGUUAACAAUAUGAUUUGCAAAUUGUGCACAAUCAUUUAAUUUGUCCCUUAUAUGUUCAGAAUCUGGUAUUAUUAUUUACCAAAAUUCCCCUCAUUUCUGUAAGAUCUUUUAAAUCUCCACUCCCGACACAGGUGAACCACUCUUCUAGUAAACAGCUUAUUUUUGGUCCUAGAAAAAGCAAAGCGGUGCUUUCAAUUUUUACAUUUUGGUUUCUAACCAUGUGAACAACUUUCAAAUAAUCACCCUUGAAAAACCAAUAUAUUUUCUUUGUGCUUCUGUUGGGAUGUUUUUACUCUCUUGCAAAUUAAGUUUCUGUUAACUUGCUGCUAUCUAUAUUAAACAUAUAUACUUUAAA